GCGGCGCAUGCGUGUCGCCUGCCUGGUGGCACACGUGAUCAGGCCCGGUCCGGACCGCGGGGAUGGCAACGGCGGUGGCUCCUGUCCUGCGGCGUUGGUUGGGCGCAGCUGCUCGCAGCCCCUUCGGGAAGCCGGCCCAGGUUCUUGGUGCGACUACCUGCGGUCACCGAAGGCUAUCGGCUUUCGUUCCGCCCCCGGCCAAGUAUGGGGGCCGACACACAGUGGCGAUGAUCCCGGGGGAUGGAAUUGGCCCGGAGCUGAUGGCACACGUCAGGGAUGUGUUCAGGUGUGCCUGUGUCCCGAUUGAUUUCGAGGUGGUGGAUGUCCGUCCUUCGCCGGACAGUGGGGCCAGCCUCGAAGGCGCGCUGACAGCAAUCCGGAGGAACCGCGUGGCGCUGAAGGGCAACAUCGAGACCAAUCAUAACAUGCCCCCAUCACACAAGUCCAGCAACAAUCUGCUGAGGACAAGCCUGGACCUCUAUGCCAACGUCAUACACUGCCGCAGUCUGCCCGGCGUGCUGACCAGGCACCAG